GUAUAUUAGCAUGCCCUGUCUUGGGGGUGCGAGGCUCGUCUUCAACUCGCUGGUUCCAGUCUCGCUGUCUCUCUGCCGUCCUCAUUCUGCACUGCGUUUAUCUCACUUGUCCUACUCGAGCUCCACUGUCACCCUGACCCGAUGGCCGCUACAUCGCGCGUUCUCUGUCACGGCGCAUCUUCGUAACGACCUUUUUAAUUACACGUCAGGGCGGUGGAUUAUCAACGAUGCCCUUCGCCACGUAGAGCGCAGACGUGUCUUUAACGUCGACGGGCUACGUCGACUCGCAGCGGAGUCCGUUGAUCGGAGCCCUGGUGACAUCGUCGACCUGAAGAAACUCGCCGAGGGUGGGUUUAACCGUUCCUUCCUCAUCACCAUGCGCGGUGGCUUCCAAAUGGUGGCGCGUAUCCCGUACCCGGUUACGGUUCCCAAGUACUUUGCUGUCGCUAGUGAAGUGGCUACUAUGGCCUUACUCCGUUCCUCUGGGUUGCCCAUACCUGAGGUAUACGGAUACUCGCCUGUGCCGGACAACGCGGCAGAGACUGAGUAUAUCUUUAUGGAGUUCGUGGAAGGCCCUUGCUUAAGCGACACAUGGUUUGACUUGGGAGAAGGCGACAUUAUCUCAAUUACACGCCAACUUGCUGAACUCGAGUCGAAGAUGAUGUCGAUUGCUUUCCCCGCUGGCGGAAGUCUGUACUAUACGAAAGACUUGGAAAAGGUCCAGAGGCCGGGCAUCCCGCUAGAGGACGAGCGUUUCUGCGUCGGCCCAGAUACAAGACUGCCUCUGUGGUAUGGUAGGAGAUCACAGCUCGACGUAGAUCGAGGACCAUACGAAAAUGCCAAAGCAGCACUCGUCAAAGGAGCCGACAAGGAACGAGCUUAUCUGGAGCAGUUUGGUCGACCGCUGUUGCCAUUCCGGCGCUUCAGGAGGGAAGGCUACCAGUACCAGAAGCAGCCGCCAUCGGAUCACAUCGAGAACCUCGACCGCUAUCUCUCCAUCGCACCGUCACUCAUCCCUAGGGACCCAACCCUCUGCCAUUUCCGCAUCCGCCAUCCCGACCUCCAGCCAAGCAAUAUCAUCGUCAACUCUAACAUGCGCGUCGUCGGCCUGAUUGACUGGCAACACACCUCAAUCCUACCCCAGUUUCUCCUUGCCGGCAUACCUGGACGGAUACAGAACUACGAUGAUCCUGUCUCGCAAUCUAUGGCGCAGCCUUUGCUACCGGCGAAUUUAGACGACUUAGACCGUGAAUCCCGAGAAAAGGAGCUUGAACUCUACCGCCGCCGUCUUGUUCAUUACCACUACAUCAAAAACACGAAGAAGUACAACGAGCUUCAUUAUGCGGCAUUGGCAGACCCCGUGGGCAUGCUCCGCCGCCGCCUGUUCUGCUACGCUAGUGACCUGUGGGAGGGCGAAACUCUCGCGCUGAAGGUUGCGCUGAUAGAUGCAACGGAGAACUGGGAGACGCUUACGGAUGGGGGUCCGCCGUGUCCUGUCGUGUUCGACGCCGUCGACGUAUGCGGGACGAGGAAGCUGGACACAGAACAGACAGGAGCGGACGCGAAUCUAGAGGUGUGCGAGAACACAGUAAUCGGCUGUGGGUCGGAGGGCUGGGUGACCGUCGAGCACUACGAGGAGGCCAUGAGACGCAGCAGGCAGCUGAAGGAGGCUAUGUUGGCACAGGCCGAGUCGGAGAAGGAUCGGGCUGAGAUCGCAGCGCAUUGGCCCUUUGACGACAUGGACGAAGAGGAAUAUAUGUAAUGAAUCGAGCCAGAUAUUCCGCGGUGUUUGUAUCUUAUCUGCUGCUAAUGGCCCCCUAUAAGAACCCCCACUCUUUCCCUAGCCCUUCC